UUAAAAAAGGGAUGCCGAGACUCGUCGGCCGUCAGAUUCGUUGAGAUCAUGGCGCGCAACGAUGUGCUGUGCCUCCUCGCUUGUUGUUUAUCCGUGAUUGUGCACCUGGCCCGAUGCGAUGCAGAAAUCCUUCGAAACACACCGCCACAGCUCGGCCCUGCCGGACAACCCGGUGGCGAUCAGAUCCAAGGAAGGUUCUUGCCUCCCUUCUCGGCCAGCUUCUCACUAGGUGCCGGCGACAACGCCCACUCGUUCAGCGUAGCCGGCGGCCCCGACGGCAUCGGCCUCUCGCAGAGCUCCUCCCACGGAAACCCCGACUACUCGUCGAGCCAGUCGUCGUCCCUGGCUGCCGGGCUGAGCGGCAUCUCCGCCUCGGACGCCAACGCCGUCUCCGCCAACCAUCCGGUGUACGGGCCGAGCGCCCACGCGAACGGCAACUCCUUCUCCCUGGGACAGGCGUCGUCGGCGGCUCACGGCGACGUGGUCAACGGCCAGGCUGUAACCGGUGCCCAGUCCUCGGUCGGCUCCACCCACACCCAAGCUGCCUCGAGCGCCCAGAACCACGUGCAGCGGCCUGGGAGACCGGCUUGGACCAACGCCCCACCGAGCUACGCCACUGGAAAUCCAGGCUACGACAACUACUACCACCAGAACUCGAACCGCAAGCCAGCCAUCACGAUCAGCGUGAGCGACCAACCGAACCGAUACGGUCCGCGGCCCAGCGGCGGUUGGUACGAGGUACCGGGCAGCGAUGGGAACUCGGGUCUGCCGGAACUGUGCCGCGACAGCUGGUACAGGGACCCCCGGUGCAGGGGGCCCCGAGUGGUGGUGAACAAGCCCGAGUACGGUCACCAGCGGCCCUACUUCGAGACCAACCGAGACCCGAGGGAGGGCGUGCAGCUCGCGGUCGGGUCUUCCGCUCAGUCCGGGGGAUUCUCCAUCGGCCAGUCGUCGCACCUGGGCAACGAGAAUCGAGGCCCGGGCUCGUUGACCGUCAACCAAGUCCAGACGUCCGGUGGUGGCCAAGCUCAGGCCCAGGGAAGUUCGGGUAUCGGUUCGGGCUCGAGCUCCGGCUCGGUAGUGGCGAGCUCGCGUCCCGGUGGCUCCUCACAGGGGGCGAGCAUGAGUUCGGUUUUGUUCCCGGGGCCCAGCUCUCACUCGUUGCAGCACUCGAACGUGCCCCCGGAGUUCGUGAGGAGCGGCAAGAAGUUGAAGAGCCACAAGAAGAGGGACGAGCAGGGUCCGAUCGAGGAGUUGCUUGCCCAUCUGUCGGAUACGAUUCACGACGUUUUUGAUUACUGAUGGUUUCAUAUGGGCGUGACAGUGCGUCUGUGGGUUCAUCGCUUUCGAUUGGCCGUCACAGCUGAGCUUGCGAAGCUUGUUGUUUUGUGUGAAGCCGUUCCCAUGUAAUUUUGAAGCGGGUGAGAGUUGAAAUUGACGUUUUAAGGUAGAUUAUAUAGGCAUCGCGAAGACGUAUCAAGUAUUACUUAAUUUAAAUUGUUUGUGAAGCAUCACGCAUGAUCUUGCGGAGUCUUUGUAGUUGUUUUUUUUUGUAUGUGUGUGUAUGAAGCUCAAUCUUUUUGUAACAAAUAUCACAAUAUAUUUUUCAUCCAAGUGUCCAUAUGUAGGUAGGCAAUAAAUCAUAAUGUGAAAUAUUUCAAAAAAGUCCUUUUUGCUAAAUCAUUUUGACAGUCGCAGGAACUAUAAAGUUUACAAAAACAACAGAUUUGAGAUCUUUUAUCGACUUAAACAAGA